UGUCGAUGGUCGGUUUCUUGGUUUCCACAAAACGAUAUACAAAUUACAAAUAUUAUUAUUCAAUCUAUUUAUCAUAACAGUCAAGUGCACCGUUUACGCAAAUCGAUUAUUUCAAUUACAACAUUUCUUAACGAAUUUACUUUUGAUCGCGGAAGUGUAAUAUAAUAAAAUGGAUCAUAAGCGAAAGCAACAUGUAUCUGAGGAUCAUCUCAAUACAAAAAAACAAAAAAUCAGUCAUAUCGUCGAUGACGAAAACAACGAAUCUCACGAAGAACACAAUGAACCUCAUGAGCAACACAAUGAACCUCGUGGUGAAUACAACGAACCUUGUGAAAAUGAGAGUUCUACAAAAAUAAAUAAAAAAUUUGCGCAUAAGGCACAAAAGUUUGUCGACGCUAUGUCAAAAAUUGAUUCGUGGAAUUGUGAUCCUGGUAUUGAUAUCGCAUACUUUUGGAAUGAUGAUUUCGUUGAUCUUGCCGAAUAUAGAAGAAUUUCAUCAACAUGUACACAAAAAUAUAAAAGAACUAUAAUAUAUGAUAACGGCGGCAUGGCCAUAGUGAAAAAAAGAAAAUUCAAAGAUCAUAUUUCAACCUAUAUGUAUCGUAGUAAUAAUUCGUUGAAUUCCGAUGACGACGAACAAAACGAAUCUCAUGAAGAUGAGAGUUCUUUAAAAACAAAAGACAACUUUGCGCAAAAGACACAAAAAUUUGUCGACUCUAUGGCAAAAAUUGAUUCGUGGAAUUGUAACCCUGAUAUCGAUAUCGCAUACUUUUGGGAUGAUGACUUCGUCGAUCCUGCCGAAUAUAGAGCAACUUCAUCAACAUCUACAUGAAAAUAAAUUAGAAUUGUCCAUGAUAACAACCUCGGCGAAGUCAAAAUAUUAUAUGUAUCGUAGUAAUAAUUCGUUGAAUUCCGAAGACGACGAACUCAACAAACCUCAUGAAGAUGAAAGUUUUUCAGAAAUAUCUAUAACAUAUAAUAUAGAGACAUAAUGGUAUGAAAUUUAAAUUAACAUAUAACAUAAUAUAAUAAUACAAUAAGCAAAAAAAAUUAUUGAAAUUAUUAUUCUUUGCUUAUUAUAUUAUG